AGGAUCUGCCAGCCGCACUGGAGUAACCGACACCACCCGGAGAUCGCGAGUAUGCAAGCUGCAAGAUGUCCUACAGAUGAAUUAUCUUUAACCAACUGUGCAGUUGUGAAUGAAAAGGAUUUUCAGUCCAGCCAGCAUGUGGUUGUGAGGACCUCUCCCAAUCACAGGUACAUAUUUACUCUGAAGACCCAUCCGUCAGUGGUUCCAGGGAGCAUUGCAUUUAGCUUACCUCAGCGAAAAUGGGCUGGACUUUCUAUUGGACAAGAAAUAGAAGUCUCUUUAUAUACAUUUGACAAAGCCAAACAAUGUAUUGGCACAAUGACCAUGGAGAUUGAUUUCCUGCAGAAAAAAAGCAUUGACUCUAAUCCUUACGAUACCGACAAGAUGGCAGCAGAAUUUAUUCAGCAAUUCAACAACCAGGCCUUCUCAGUGGGACAGCAGCUCGUGUUUACCUUCAAUGAAAAGCUUUUUGGCUUACUGGUGAAGGAUAUUGAAGCCAUGGAUCCUAGCAUCCUGAGAGGAGAGGCUGCAACAGGUAAAAGACAGAAGAUUGAAAUAGGACUGGUUGUUGGAAACAGUCAAGUUGCAUUUGAAAAAGCAGAAAAUUCAUCACUCAAUCUUAUCGGCAAGGCUAAAACUAAGGAAAAUCGCCAGUCUAUCAUCAAUCCUGAUUGGAACUUUGAAAAAAUGGGAAUAGGAGGUCUGGACAAAGAAUUUUCAGAUAUUUUUCGACGAGCAUUUGCUUCCCGAGUAUUUCCGCCAGAGAUUGUGGAGCAGAUGGGUUGUAAACAUGUUAAAGGCAUCCUGUUAUAUGGGCCCCCAGGUUGUGGUAAAACUCUCUUGGCUCGACAGAUUGGUAAGAUGUUGAAUGCAAGAGAGCCCAAAGUGGUCAAUGGGCCAGAAAUCCUUAACAAAUAUGUGGGUGAAUCAGAGGCUAACAUUCGCAAACUUUUUGCUGAUGCUGAAGAGGAACAAAGGAGGCUUGGUGCUAACAGUGGUUUGCACAUCAUCAUCUUUGAUGAAAUUGACGCCAUCUGCAAACAGAGAGGGAGCAUGGCUGGUAGCACUGGAGUUCAUGACACUGUCGUCAAUCAGUUGUUGUCCAAAAUUGAUGGGGUAGAGCAACUAAACAACAUCCUCGUCAUUGGAAUGACCAAUAGACCAGAUCUGAUAGAUGAGGCUCUCCUUCGACCAGGAAGACUGGAAGUCAAAAUGGAGAUAGGCUUGCCAGAUGAAAAAGGUCGACUACAGAUCCUUCACAUCCACACAGCAAGGAUGAGAGAUCAUCAGUUACUCUCUACUGAUGUAGACAUUAAAGAACUGGCUGUGGAAACCAAGAAUUUCAGUGGUGCUGAACUGGAAGGUCUGGUGCGAGCAGCACAGUCCACUGCUAUGAACAGACAUAUAAAGGCCAGUACUAAAGUGGAAGUAGACAUGGAAAAAGCAGAAAGCCUGCAGGUAACAAGAGGAGACUUCCUUGCUUCAUUGGAGAAUGAUAUCAAACCAGCAUUUGGCACAAACCAAGAGGAUUAUGCAAGUUACAUUAUGAAUGGAAUCAUCAAAUGGGGUGACCCAGUUACUCGAGUUCUGGAUGAUGGGGAACUUUUGGUCCAGCAGACUAAAAACAGCGAUCGUACACCACUGGUUAGCGUCCUUUUGGAAGGCCCUCCUCACAGUGGGAAGACUGCUUUAGCUGCAAAGAUUGCAGAGGAAUCCAACUUCCCCUUCAUCAAGAUCUGUUCUCCUGAUAAGAUGAUUGGCUUUUCUGAGACAGCCAAGUGUCAGGCUAUGAAAAAGAUUUUUGAUGAUGCAUACAAAUCUCAACUCAGUUGUGUGGUUGUGGAUGACAUUGAGAGAUUACUUGAUUAUGUCCCCAUUGGCCCCCGAUUUUCUAAUCUGGUAUUACAGGCUCUUCUUGUGUUACUGAAAAAAGCACCACCUCAGGGCCGCAAGCUUCUUAUCAUUGGGACCACUAGCCGCAAAGAUGUCCUUCAGGAAAUGGAAAUGCUUAAUGCUUUCAGCACCACCAUCCAUGUGCCCAAUAUUGCCACAGGAGAGCAGCUGUUGGAAGCUUUGGAGCUUUUGGGCAACUUCAAGGAUAAAGAACGUACCACAAUUGCACAACAAGUCAAAGGGAAGAAAGUCUGGAUAGGGAUUAAGAAGUUGCUAAUGUUGAUCGAGAUGUCCCUGCAGAUGGAUCCUGAGUACCGUGUGAAAAAAUUCCUGGCCCUCUUAAGAGAAGAAGGAGCUAGCCUCUUUGACUUUGAAAGUGGACUGCAGUGACCAAGGGAAGUGACCAAGGUGAAGAUGGCCUGGAAUCUUCAUUCACCUUGCUAAGACAUGGACUAAAUGAACCACCUUCAAAAUGUGCUCGCUUGCUUUGCAUGGUUAAUGCAGUAACACUCCCUUCCUCGUGCUUAUUGAGAUACUCUAGUGUUUUUGUGAAAAGUACACACUUGUUUUAGAAUGCUGUACUUACCUUUCCAAGCUAAGAUGAUUCCUUCUUAUUCAGAAUCUGUGUGGGAGACAUGCUGUAUCUGUGCACACUACACAUUUAAAGCUCCCUGCUACCACCAUUUAUCCAAAACUGUCAUUAUAUGUAAUGCAAAACAACACUUGGCCUGUUAGAAGGAAGAUUUCUACAUGCAAAGAGCAGUGCAUAAGGUGUGGCUUCUGAGGGAUUCUGUUACAGCUUCCCUAUAUUAACACUAAAAGUAAUUGGGUAUUGGUUAAAGGUUCUCCCACAAAAUAGCUUAUCUUUGUCUAAAGAAACAGAGAUGUGAAUAUCUAAGAUCCCAUUUUUAAUCAUUUUCAGAAAUGCUUCCAGGCUGCAAUCAGAUCUUUCUUACUAGAAAGUCAGAUUAUUACUGUAUUGGCUGUGAUGUCCCCUUAAUGUAAUUAAUUGGCUUCAUGGUAAGAGAUAUACUGAUCAUUACCACUAGGAGAUGUUGCUAAAGAUCAUAUGUAUGGAAAAAUGUACACCCUAAACAGAAAGGAGUUAUUAAAAUAAUUUACAAACCUCUCAGUGCUAAUUAGUAUCCAACUCUAAGUGGGUCAUUUCCUUAGGAUGAUAUUAAAGGCUUAUUAGUAUUAUCACUUUUCUUUAUUUCUUAGCCCAGUGGCUUACUUAAGAGUUUGUCAUUCCUAUAUUUUAAAUUAUCUGUGCUAACUGGCAUGAAAAUAAAACACUAUUAUCCAAAAAAAAAAAAGAAAACACAUUUUAGCCCACUGCCCUGAACAGUGCUUUAAUACCCAAGUUUUGAAGACUGCUUCAUCCAAGUGCUUUAAAGGCAUUUCCUUUACCUCCACACAUUUCUCCUGAAGGGUGGAAGAGCUCAUGGAGCCCUUUUGAAGGUGUGUCUCAUCGCUGAAUCAGAGGCAGUGUAAUUAGGUCAUCAUUUGUGGUGGUGAGGCUUGCAGAGCAUGCCAUUCUCCCCACUGCUGCUUAAAACUUGAGGGCAAAUGAUCAGAAGCCAUCCUGAAGUCACACACUGUCAGAGGCUUGUCACGGCAGUCGCACUUGGGUGUGGCUCUGUCAUCUGUCCCACAGUAGAAAGCAAAUCAUCUCCAAAUCUUACUGUAUCCUUUUGGGUUUUCACCCCUCGCUUAUUUGGUGGCUUUUAAAACAGUGGACUAUAUUGUGAAUUCUAUGAUUCCUGGCGGCCAGUAUCCUGGAUUCCCUGUCUUUGUGGUCUGGCCCCUUUCCCCCUCCUGUGAUGCAGCAUACAUUGUAUUAACUUGUCUUUUGUUAAAUGAGGCUAAUGUCUUUGUGUUUUGUCCAAAGCUAUAUUGAAAAUAUAAAUAUUAUAUUAUUCAAUGCAAAUGAAGGAAUGCAAUAAAGAGUAAAUAUACCUGAAAAUGUUCUG